AUGAAAAUUUAUGAAAAUGCCUUUAAGUCGCAAAAGCUCCAGAAUUGGACCAUCCCAAAACAUUUCAAAGAGAGACCAGCAGCAGCAGAAGGCCACACUACAUUUAUAGCCACAGACCAUGGCCACCUUCUACCUGGUGUGAGAACAAAGAGUGGAAGUGCAUGGCCAGCAUUUCAAGGCACUUGGGAUUUACCUCGCUAUAUCCCUCCUGCUUCCCUAAACCCCACUGCCCGCUCACAAGAGGGCCAGGAUCGCCUCAAGACCUGGAGACAGAUGAACUUUUCCACAAACCAGACUCAUGAGGCCCCUGGUGGCAGCCAGGCUACAAACAGAACUGUUAACAAUGUGGAAACCAUAAAUGUGGACCAGCCUGCAGAAGAGUCAGAAAUGCCUGUGAAUGAGCCAGACCAAAACCAGAGGCCCAAAUCACAGUAUAGCCAAGACCAGUCUAGACCAACAAGCCAGCAAGCUCAGUCUAACCCAGUAAACCAAACUCAGUCUAGACCAGGAAAUCACCUCAGCCAACAGGUUUCAUCUAGACCAGUCACUCAGGAGAGCCAAGCCGAAUUAAGACCACCAACCCAGAACAGCAGACCAGCAUCUCAGCAGAAAUAACACCAUUUAUAAUCAGAUCCCCU